AUGGAUAACAUCGAAGAUGAUGAUCUUACGAAUCUAGCUUGGUUGCGAGAGUCAAAUAGCAAAGAAUUACAAACGACAGGUGAUUAUGAAAUUUUCCUGUUUAUUUUCGGAGAAGAAUAUUUAUUUUAUUCUCGAUUAGUUGAAUGUGAGAAUAAUCAUAUUGAUGAUGAUCUUCAAUGUCUUUGUUGGAUUAUAAAAAUGCGGCCAACUGCAUAUUCUUCGCAUGCACUCAAAAGAUUAUCUGUUUCGUUGAAUAAACUUCAUCAUUAUCAUCGUAGUAGCAAUCGCUUAUUAUCAUCUUCCAAUGCUUUUAAUUGUUCUCUUGGUGUUGUACAGAAUGUCAUGACUCAUCAAGGAAAUUUCGAUAACCAUCCAGUAUCACGACGAGUAUUAAUGCUACGAACAUUCAAUAAUCAUGUAUCUUCAACGAAAUCUUGUCAACAAUCAUCUAUUAUGAUUCGUUCGUCAAAUGGCAAGAUUUCAUAUCUAUCAAUUCGUCAUUUUGUGUAA